AUGUCCAGCUGUUCCCUUCUCGUCUUCGUAGACGACGGUGAGCGCGUCGUAUUUCGUGGAUAUCAGCACUUGUCCUACUCCUCGACAGACACCGCUGCCUUUUUUCUCCAACCAAGUCAAAACGCCCUCUCGCCUCGGACAGUGUCGCAGGCCGGUAUUUGGGAGUUCUACCAAAUGACGGACCCCGAUGCGCCCAUGAUCAAGCGAGAUGAAGUCCUGCGCUUUGUUAGUCGCAGUUUCAAACGCGCCCCAAGUGGCUUUUUCGAUAAAUCGCCAGAUCAUUUCCUGCUUGCUCACAGCGGCAAUGCGGGUGAUGUACUUAUCGGAGCGAGUAUUGUCGGGGAUCUAGUUUUUGCCGUCUUUGUCCAAGAUCCCCUGCCAGCUUUGCCUGAACCAAUUCGACUUUCUUCUGAGCUGUCUCAGCCACAACGACUGGACGUUAUACCGGAGGAAGUACAAGUACUCGGGCGCGAUGAUGUGGUCAACAAGGCUAAGUCGCGCAAGCCUCCUUCGACGGGAGCACAGGCGGGCGAGAUGCGGCGCCAGCAAAGGUCUAGUAAUGUCGAUGCUAUCUACAAUGGAAGACCAAUCUCCCUUUCUCCGACCCCUAUCACGAUAUAUCAUUCGAUCUUCUCCCAAUUUGCCCGCGACGCGUCGGACAACUCUGCGCUCACCAAGGAAGAGGUCGAGACCGCUUAUAACUUUAUAUCCAUAUCGUCUAGAUUUUACGUGGAUGAAGGCGAGCGUCAGGAGAAGUUGCAAAAUGUUCUGGCAUCGUUAUUCCGCGGUUGCGGAGUCAUCUCUCGGGAAACGACCUUUCCUGUAGGUACAUCGUCAUCGUCCGUCAAGCCGGAUGGUCAUGCCUUCACGGUCUGUCUCAACCAUGGACUUGCUGCUGCCUUCCGUUUGUUUAUGGAAUUGAAGAAUGAGGUAGGAGAGGGUGGAUGUGAUCCUUUGUCGCAGGCUGAAUGUGCAUACAUCGCGUUGAUAUCAAGGGACACUUACGCUUCCAUUCGAGCCAUGUCUUGCUGCCCGACGUUCCUCCUUGCCAUCGACGGACCAUACUUCGUCAUCGAGGGAGCGAUCUUCGCAGACCGCUUCAUGGCGCAGCACUUGACUGACUUUAUCUACCUCGGCGCUAAUGGCUUGCACAACGACCUCGACAACUCUAUUAUUCAUAUCGCGCGCACCUUCCGCGCUCUACGGAAAGCGCUGCUAUCUCUCGAAGAGUUUUAUAGGGACCUCCCCGCUCCAGAAACAAAGCCAGUAGGUUCAUCGCCACCGUCUUUGGCCCGUGCAUUGGUGCGAAACCAGUCCGUCGUCAGCUCGACGUCGAAAUCAGGAAAAAAGCCUUCUUUCGACUUCGUCAUGCCGUCCUUUUUUGGCCCAGCUUUCACAGAGUUCGAGAUGGAUGGCAGGACGUUUAGGCUCACGUACACGGCACGUUUACUACCGGAGUACAUUAGUAAAGCGGUCUUCAAGGCGACUUGCAUUGACGACGAUGCCGAAGUUCACCACACCGUCGCCGUCAAGUUUGCCCGCACAUACUCGAAACAGGCGCACGAGUGCCUUGCCAAUCGAGCGCUAAGGCCUCUCGCACCCAAGCUAUGGUUUUGCCAUCGCAUUCCCGAGCUCGGAGAUUGGUGGGCGAUUGUGAUGGAUUACGUUGAAGAGUGCUCGAUGGAGACGAAGAAGGUGGACAAGGAGCAGGUGAAGAGGGACUUGCGGGACGCCGUGGACUCGCUGCACGGUGAACGCCUUGUGCAUGGUGACCUUCGGCGGGCAAACAUUUUGAUCACGGAAAAUAGGGCGAUGGUCGUGGACUUUGACUGGGCAGGGACGGAGGAUGAAGUGAGGUACCCGGCGAGCAUGAACAAGGAGAUUAAGUGGCCGGAGGAUGCUACUGUCUUGGGAUUGAUUACGCACGAGCAUGACCUUGAUAUGUUGAGGAAGUUGGAGGAUGAGAUCGACAGCGAGAAGUAG